AUGUAUGCAUCCGAAUUUUUUGGCAUGUCGUCAGAUGAGGAAGAAAAUACUUGGAACAGGGAAGAAAUUGAAAAUAUUUUAAAAAUUUCAAAUUUAAAAAAAAAAGAAUUUAAUUCUAAUUUUCAAGUAAGUGGAUGGGAGGACGAUAAUGAUGGAAUUAUAGAAGAAUCCGAAAUUUUGUGGGCCGCCGAAAAUGGAAAUUUGAUUUCAACAAAAAAUUUAUUAGCAGAAAACUCAAAUUUAAUAAAUGUAAAGGACAGAGAUGGGUAUUCCCCACUACACAGAGCCUGUUACAAUAAUCAUCCUGAUGUUGUAGAAUUUCUAAUAUCAGCUGGAGGAAAUAUAUUUGCAAAAACUUUAGAUCUUUGGCAACCAUUGCAUUCAUCUUGUAAAUGGAAUAAUGCCCUGUGUGCUGCUAAGCUUUUAGAUGAAGGAGCUGAUAUUAAUUGCAAAACUAAAGGAGUAUACAGUAAAUUACAAUUAAACACUGUAAGGCAUACACCACUUCAUUUGGCUGCUUCAAAUGGAAAAGCUAAAGAAGUCCUUCAAUUAUUGUUAAGCAAUUUUAGUUUAAAACCGUUUUUAAAGAAUGAUAAUAAUGAAACUGCUUAUGAUAUAGCACAAAGAUCUGGAAAAUAUUACAAAAUUUUUGAAAUUAUUAAUAAUAAAAAAUGA